GAGGACCCCACCUACCGCGAGCAUGUGAGUGCACAAGAUUGCAGGAGCGAAGUGGGGAACCUGCAAGCUUUUGGAUCAAAUAAGAAUAGCAGCAACAGCAAAUAGCGUGAGGAUGGAACAAGCAGAUCAAGGUGCUGUGAGACCAGACUCUAUCACAGAGGUAGGGGAGGAUGCAGUGAUGUCGGUGGCCGUGUCCCCUUCCGUCCCCACCCUGACAGAGGAGGAACAGGAGGAGCUGCGAGAGGAACUGCUCAGGGUGGAGGAUGAGGUCGUGACUCUGUCUCAGGUGCUGGCAGCUAAGGAGAAGCAGGUGGCAGACAUCAAGAGGAAGCUGGGCAUCACUCCUCUCAACGAGCUCAAACAGAACAUCAGCAAGAGCUGGCAGGAGGUCACCACCUCUACUGCCUACAAGAAGACGUCAGAGGGCUUCUCCGUAGCUGGUCAGAAGGCAACGGCAGCCUUCACCAGCAUGGGCUCAGCCAUCAGCAGGAAGUUUGAGGACGUCAGAUUGCAAUCUAUUUCCAAUUCCUUUGGCAUACGCUCCCUACAGCAUUCUGCUAGUAUGCCCGUGAUGAGGAACACACCCACCUUUAAGUCGUUUGAGGAGAAAGUCGAGACUUUAAAGGUAAAAGAUGAGAAGAGGAGUCAAGAUGAGCCCGACGGCAUCUCAGGGUGACUUUGGCGAUGUGUUGACCUCUACAGCGACCUCUGACCCUUCUGUUCCCGUAGAGAAAUGGCCAGAGGCCACACCCAUCGCCACCCAGGAAGAACAGCCCCACUGAGACCAGCCUGACCUUUCACCCCUGACCCCUAGCCAGGCUGACAUUCCCUAGAACCAUACCCUCUUUCUGUUCUCUCACCUCCUCCCUUCUUCAGCUCCCUCUUUACAACCUAUUAGCACAAAACAGAACCAACAACCAAAAAAGAAAAAUACGUUUUCCCAGGAACUUUUAAAUUAAAAAAAAAUGUAAUUAUGAAAAUAUUGUUGUGACACCGUAACACUUGUAGGUUUGUAGGACGGUAUGUUUCUAUUUUAAUGUCCAUGUUUGAGGAACCUGCACAAGUAGAAGAAUAUACAUUACACUUAAUGAGAAACUGUAUGUCACAGCAAGUGAAGUUGUGAUGGCAAAACCAAUUGGUUCACACAGGCCCAUAUCUUUCCAGAACUUUGACUACUAACAGGCAUUAGCUUUUUCUUUUCUUUUGAUGUACCACUGUAAUAACUAGGAUGUCAUUUCUAUUCCAACACUGCAGAGGCUUUCUGUCAUUUAUUACUAUCACCAGUAGCACCAGUAAUGGGGUGUAGAGCACAGCUGAGUAGAGUUAAUACCAGAUCUGUGUAGCUCACACACUCCUCUCACAGCUUAACCAUAUGGGGGUGGUCUAAAUCUGACCUCUGAGCAGUUCAUAGUGCUUAACUCUGAUAUCAGAGAAGGUGGGCCAAUGCAUCCAGAUCAGUGUGUAAUGAUAGUCGCAGAUGCAUGAUUGGUUAUAAUGGUGUCGGCUGGCCUUGACCCUCAGGUCAGUGCAAUUUACAUCACUCAAAGCCAAAGUCCGUAUUAGGGCACUUGUCUCACUGGCUUCUCUCUGCUUGGUAUGCUGAAACACAGCAGGAUAGUCACUGGAUGCUGUGUACUUCUCUCUGCUUGGUAUGCUGAAACACAGCAGGAUAGUCACUGGAUGCUGUGUACUUCUCUACUGUUGAAUGAUAUAUGAAUGGUAGUUGUUUUAAAGUGAUUUUCAUUGUUUACCUUUUCAUAAAGAUGUGCAAUUUUCCUUAAAUUGGAAA